AUGAAAGACUUACAUGCCACUUUAAAGCCACAAAAGACAGCUUUAACCCCAUUAGAGGAACCCACACUUCAAAAAGCAGUAGAAGAAGGAACUAAUAACAAAGUGGAAGAAUGUCAGGAACAAUCUACUCAGACCUUUAAUACUCAAAGCUUGAUCUUACUUAAAGACUUGACAACUACAACAGCAACAGAAACUGAUCAAAGUAAUGCUAAGAUGGAACUUCCAGAGGAUUUACGACAAUACACUGAGAUUUCAGAUAAUCUAGAUGAUCCAAAAACAACUACAACAUCGAACAUGACUAUUCAUCUACUUCAGUUGCAACUAGAAGAAGACCAAUCUGAAUGCAUGAUAAACACAUUAACUCAGAUAUGGAGAUUUAAACCAUUGGGUCAACAAUUUAACGACUGUGAAGGGACUGGCUUCCUUGAUAGCCACUUCAAAAUGUCUUUACCUCAGCUCCUGUGCCUGGCAACACUGCUGACUGUCUCUUCCACUUUUACGAUCAAGAGGACAGCAGAACAUGAAGGGUACUCCUUGGAUGAAGGAAAACCUAGGAAAGGCAUCCCUGAAAUCAAUGCAGCAACAGGAAAGAAGUUCUUUGAAGGCGACAUUAUCAUGCUGCUUGACAGAAAUGCACUGAGGAAUGACUCCUAUAGAUGGAAACUUCCAAUUCCAUAUAAAAUGGGCGCCAGUAUAGACCUGAAUACCAAGGGCGUCAUAUUGCAAGCAUUUGAGAUGUUUCGACUCAAAUCUUGCAUUGACUUUAAACCCUAUGAAGGAGAGAAGUCCUACCUCCAAUUUGAAAAGCUGGCUGGAUGCUGGUCUUAUGUGGGAGAUCUUCAGGCUGGCCAGGUCGUUUCUAUUGGAUCAGGCUGUGAAUAUAAAGAUAUUGUGGAGCAUGAGGUCCUGCAUGCCCUUGGAUUUUUUCAUGAACAGUCACGCACUGAUCGAGACGACUAUGUUAAGAUUUGGUGGAAUGAAAUCAUUGAUGGUCAGGCAUAUAACUUUGACAAAUAUAAUGACAGUUUCAUUUCUGAUUUAAACACUCCAUAUGAUUAUGAAUCUGUCAUGCAUUAUGGAGCUUAUUCAUUCAAUAAGAACAGUUCUGUCCCUACAAUUACAACAAAAAUUCCAGAAUUCAACAACAUCAUUGGGCAAAGCAAGGAUAUGAGCAAGAUAGAUGUAGAAAGGCUUAACCGCAUGUACCAUUGUGCUUCCAGUCUUACCCUCCUUGACCAAUGUUCAUUUGAGUCCAUCAGUAUCUGUGGUAUGGUACAAAACGGAAGAGACAACAAGGACUGGGAACAUACCUUGACUACAAGUCGGGAUAACAACAACCACUGCUUAGAGAAAGAGUACGUUAUGAGCUUCGAUACCACAAAAGGCCUUUCAGGUGAAGCAGCCAUUUUGGAGUCCCGUAUUCUUUAUCCAAGAAGAAAUGAGAAGUGCCUACAAUUUUUUUACAAAUUUGAUGGCAGUCCAAAAGAUGAGCUGAUUAUAUGGCUUAAAACUGAUGAUGGUACUGGAAAUAUUAGGAAGUCAAUAAAACUGAAAAGCAUCCAUGGUGAUGGAGAGAAGCAGUGGAACUUUGCAAACAUUCCUUUCAACAGCCAGACCAAAUUCCGCUAUGUUUUUCAUGGCCUUAAAGGAGACCCACAACAUUCCAAGGGAGGAAUUCACAUUGAUGAUGUAACUCUGACUGAAACACAAUGUCCUACCAGCGUUUGGCAGAUAAGAAACUUCACUUCCAUUUUAAAAAGUUCCUCAAAAGGAGAUUAUCUGCCAAGCCCCAUCUUUUAUAACUCUGAGGGCUAUUGCUUUGUGCUCAGUCUUUAUCCCCGUGCUCCAGCCAACUCAAAUGGAGAUUACCUAGGAAUCAUGUUUUCUUUAUGUAGUGGCAAGGAUGAUGGAGCAUUAGAGUGGCCAGCUGGGAACAGGCAAGUGACAUUCACCAUAGUGGAUCAAGAUCCUGACGUCACCCAAAGGAUGUCAGCAAGCCGAAGCUUUGUUACAGAUCCCAACCAGCGUUUCAAUGGCAAACUUCUUUGGGAUAAGGCUGAUAUUACUGGAAUUUUUGAUCCUUUGUAUAACACCCACGUAGGUCCAAAGUUGGGUUGGCGUUACAUCUUGCCAUAUAGUGAAUUGUAUCGGAGGAAUUUUCUUAAAAAUGGCAAUCUUGUCGUUUUGGCAAAUUUUGAAGUUUUAGAAGUAGUUUUUAUUGAGAUGUUCUUUGAAAAGGCUGCACAUCUUUUCAAUAUGUGUAGUUUUAAGGUGGGAAGAUUUCAAGAUAAUUGA